AUGGCUAACACGAAUAACAACCAAUACGUCGGGAGAACAGGAGCUGGCAGCCAGCGGCAAGUUUACAGUUCCAACUCUACUCCUAGUCCCCGACCAACGCAGAACCAAAUACCACUACCUCAUUACUUCAUCGUCCGCCCAGGAACGACAAAGCACACCGCGUCGGGCACAGUAACCACACCCGGACCUAUCGUGCCCCUCAUCGCCGUAGACCAACUACCUGAAUGGUUGGACUUAUUCGGGAUACCGCGCGAGCUAAGCGUUGAGCAGACCGUUGGUCUCCGCAACCUAGGAACCGCGAUCAGAAAUCCCAAGUUCUACCAGGUGUAUAUGCAUAAUGACCUCCAAGCAACUCCGACUGCUCACCAGGAGGACUAUCACACCCUACGGGACCGAGUGCAGAGUACGAAUGAUAGCGGACUAAUGCCUAUCGACACUCCCAUAAUAUCCACUUCCCCCUCCGCCUCAUCAUCGACAACGUUGACGUCGGCAGAGGAGGGAUCAACAGCAAGUUCGCGGGUAGAUCCAAUCUCGGAAUCCUCUCCUAGCCCCAGUGGUCCCAAUACCCAAGCCACUAGCAUCAGCAACCCCCAUACCAAACCAGCCAAAACUAGACCUAACAGCACUAAUACCACAACUGGAAGCCAACAUCCAAGAUUCGCCUCACCAGCUGUAGCAAGCAGCACACCCCCCACAAACCCAUACCCCUUCAUCCCCGCCCCCGCCCUUGCCCCCGCUCACUUCCUCCCAUCCUGGUUACCCCCAUCCACCACCCGCACCAAACCCCACCACCGACCCAGCAGCCGCAGCCACAGCCACCACACCAACGGCAGCCCCUCAAGCACAUACUGCAAGCACUGGUGCCACCGCGGCACCUGCCGCUGGGGCGCGCAAUGCCGGUACGCGCAUGAGAUGCCGACGACGGCCGCGGGGCUGCGCGACGUCGGGCUCGCGCACCACCCGGCGUGGUAUACGACCGCGGUGAAUAUGGCUUUCGGGCCGGGCGGGUUCGCCAGUGGUGGAGGUGGUGGUGGUGUGUUGCGGUAUAGGGAGAAGGAGAGGGUAGAGAAAAGGGGGAAGAAGAGCGCGGGAGCGGGAGCGGGAGCAGGAAAGGCGAAGGGGUUAGAUGGGAAAAGUGGUGGUGGUGAUGAUGAUAGGGCGUCGACGGAGGUUGAGCUGCGGAAAGAAGACGCCGCGGAAGAGAAAGUGGGUGGUGCUAGUGACUUGGGGCAAAAACAAUCGGAUAUUGUUGAGAAAUUAGUUGAGAUCUAA